GGCCCCGAGGGCUGUGCCCGCCUCCUUCCUGCAGCUGCUUCCCGGGGCCAGGAGGGCCGAUCCGAGCCCAGAAGAGAGGGAGUAGGAGAGGCUGGCGGGUCAUGCCCUUGUCGACCCGCGCCGCCCUCUUCUGGGACUUGGUCCUGGGCGUGUUGGGCACCCUCGCCUUCCUGAUCGAUCUGGGCGCCGACCUGUGGGCCGCGAGCCAGUAUGUGCUUAGCGGUCGCUACCUGUGGGCCGCACUGGUGCUGGCGCUCUUGGGCCUUGCCUCCGUCGCGCUGCAGUUGUUCAGCUGGAUCUGGCUGCGCUCCGACCCCCACGGCCUGCACACAUCGCAGCCCCCUGGCCAGUGCCUGGCGCUGCUGCAUCUCCUACAGCUGGGCUACCUAUACAGGUGCGUGCAGGGGCUGCAGCAGGGGCUGCUGGUGUGGCGGCAGGAGGCGCCCUCUCAGUUCGACUUGGCCUACGCAGACUUCCUCUCCCUGGACAUCAGCAUGCUGCGACUCUUUGAGACCUUCCUGGAGACAACUCCACAGCUCACGCUGGUGCUGGCCAUCGUGCUCCAGAGGGGCAGUGCCGAGUACUACCAGUGGGUCAGCAUCUGCACAUCCUUUGUGGGUAUCUCAUGGGCUCUGCUCGACUACCACCGGGCCCUGCGCACCUGCCUCCCGUCCACACCCCGCCUAGGGCUGGGCACCUCCGUCAUCUACUUCCUGUGGAACCUGCUGCUGCUGUGGCCCCGAGUCCUGGUCGUGGCCCUGUUCUCAGCCCUCUUCCCCCGCUACGUGGUCCUGCACUUCUUGGGCUUGUGGCUGGUGCUGCUGUUCUGGGUCUGGCUUCAGGGCACGGACUUUAUGCCAGAUCCCUGCUCCGAGUGGCUGUACCGGGCGACAGUGGCCACCGUCCUUUAUUUCUCCUGGUUCAACGUGGCUGAAGGUCCCACCCGAGGCCGCGCUACCAUCCAUCUGGUGUUCCUCCUGAGUGACAGCCUUCUCAUGGUGGUCACCUGGGUGACUCAUGUCACCUGGCUGCCCAGCGGGAGCCUGCUGCAGAUGUUGCUGCCUGGCGCCGGCGUCUGCUUCCUUCUGGGGCUGGCUCUGCGGCUUGUCUACUACUGCUGGCUGCACCCCAGCUGCCACUGGGAGCCUGACCGGGUGGAUGGGGCCUGGGGUCUGCGCUCCCUCGAGGAGCGUCCGCUGCCUCAGAACAGGCGCAUGGCCCGGUUGGCUCAGAACUUUUUCCCCAAGGCUAAGGAUGCACCUGCUUUGCUAAGGAAGGGAGAGGUGAAUGGUGUCCUUUGAGGAAGGGAACUAAAGGACACAUGGAAAUCAGUUGGGACAAUGUAGAAGAUAAGCUACUUAUGCUGCUAUGAGCCUUGAUUCACUCAAUAAGCACUUGAUGCCUGAUCUGUCCCAGGCACGGGAGACCAGAGCUGCUCAGAGGCCUGCCCUCAAGGGAGGGUCAAGGGCCCCAGUUAUGUAUAAAACACUUUGUGAGGAAAGAAGAGACCCCCCUUUCCUACCCCAUGACCGGUAUAGCCGGUACCCCAAAGCAUCCCAGUGUUAGUAUUUUAUCCCCCUGGCCACCUCUAAAAUACUUGGUGGAGGUGCUGUCCCACCCCUGGGGUCCCCUAUCCUGCCCCAGGACCUCCAGGAUGUGUUCUGUGGAAUUCCGCCUCCCUUGCCCCACCCGUCAUUCAGUUCAUUCAGCAAUUGUUUACAGAGGGCAUCUUAUGUGCCAGGAACAUCAUUCUAUUCUUGGCAGAUCAGCUCCCCUCUAGCUUCAUCCCUUAGACUGUCCAGCUCCUCCAGAGCGGGCACUCAUUCUGGAAGCCAGGGCUGCCCAUCUGGCUGGCUCCUGUCAGUCUCUUCAAGGCCUUAGUGCAGUUGGCCCAGCCUCUGCCCCUGCUCUCAAGGGGUGACCUUUCAACCAAUUGCCUUAGGAACCUGUCUGGGCCAUGGCUCACUCCAUUAAGUAUUUUUUUUUUUACAGGCAGUGUACUUUCUACCUCAGAGUCUGUGUGGGAGAAAGAGGUGUAUGUGUCUCUGUAACUGAGAGACACGUGUGUGUGGUUUUUGUUGAACAGUGUUGUUAAUUAUUAAAACUUCAUGAAAUCCUCCA